AUGGCAUACAAUGCGUUUUUUCUCACGGUUAUUGCUGUUGUUACAACAUUAGCAUCAGUUACUCUUGCUGAACCUGUUCCUGUUGUACCUAUCCUCGAUGUUUCUUCCCUCAACCGAAGCACUUUUCCACCAGGAUUCCUUUUUGGGACAGCUUCUGCCGCUUACCAGUAUGAAGGUGCGGCGAAAGAAGGUGGCAAAGGGCCGAGUGUAUGGGAUACUUUCACCCAUAAACAUCCAGAACUGAUACAAGACAGAAGUAAUGGAGAUGUUGCCAAUGAUCAAUAUCACCGGUAUAAGGAAGACGUUGGAAUCAUGAAAUAUAUGAACUUGGAUGCAUACCGAUUCUCUAUUUCUUGGCCAAGAAUUCUUCCAAAAGGAAAGCUUAGUGGAGGAAUAAACCAAGAAGGAGUCAAAUAUUACAACAACCUCAUCAACGAACUAUUAGCUUAUGGUAUUGAACCAUUUGUCACCCUCUUCCAUUGGGAUCUUCCUCAGACUUUAGAAGAUGAGUAUGGUGGCUUCCUAAGUCCUCGCAUUAUAAACGACUUUCAAGAUUACGCAGAAGUUUGCUUCAAAGAAUUUGGAGACAGAGUGAAGUAUUGGAUUACUUUAAACGAGCCAUGGACUUAUAGUACAUUUGGCUAUGCAACUGGAAUCAUGCCACCAAAUCGAUGUUCUAAAUGGUUAGAUCCAAAAUGUGUUCAUGGUGAUUCUGGGAAAGAACCUUAUUUAGUUUCACAUCACCUUCUUCUUGCUCAUGCAGCCACUGUCCAAGUUUACAGAAAAAAAUAUCAGGUGUAUCAAAAAGGAGUAAUAGGCAUAACCCUUGUGUCUAAUUGGUUUGAACCAUUGUCAGAUAACAAAUUAGAUAAAAGUGCUUCUGAGCGAGCUCUAGAUUUCAUGCUGGGAUGGUUUGUGGAACCAUUAACAUCAGGAAAAUAUCCGAAAAGCAUGCGUUCUCUUGUUGGUAAUCGAUUACCAGAAUUCUCCCAAGAACAAAUCAAACUCGUGAAUGGUUCAUUUGAUUUUAUUGGAUUAAACUAUUACACCUCUAACUAUGCUACCCAUGCACCUCGGCUAGGCACUGUCAAACCUAAUUAUAAUACAGAUGCCAAUACCAAUCUUACAACUGAACGCAAUGGGAUUCCAAUAGGUCCAACGGCUGCAUCAAGCUGGUUGUAUGUGUAUCCGCGAGGCAUUAGAGAAUUAUUGUUGUACACUAAACAAAAGUACAACAAUCCAUUAAUUUACAUAACUGAAAAUGGUGUUGAUGAGUUCAAUGAUCCAACGCUAUCGUUGGAAGAGUCUCUUCUAGAUACGUUGAGGAUAGACUAUCAUUAUCGUCAUCUAUUUUAUCUUCAUUCAGCAAUUAGGGAUGGCGUAAAUAUAAAAGGAUAUUUUGCAUGGUCAUUGCUUGACAACUUUGAAUGGAACAAUGGCUAUACAGUGAGAUUCGGAAUCAACUUUGUGGAUUACAAGAAUGGCUUUAAGCGAUAUCAAAAACUCUCUGCAAAAUGGUUUAGGAAUUUUCUAAAAACAUACUGAAUUUAUGUACCUUCCC